AUGACAGUGGUGAACUGUGAUAGAGGCUUUACCUUCUAUGAAAUCCUGAAACUAGGUGAAGUAUCAGAGAUAUCACCUCUUGGGGUUUUAAAGAAAGCUAACCAAACAAGUUGGGGUGUGGUCUCUGUUCUCUACUCAGUUCCCCUAAGCUUCAAGAAUUCCUCCAAAGAGGUUGCUUGUGGAAGGAGACCAGUCGACUCGAAGGCACCAUCUAAAGAGGUGAUUCUUGUGGACUGGGUACUGGACUGUUUGAUAGGAGGGAAACUCUUGAAGAUGGCAGAUCCCAAACUAAAGAAUGAGUUUGAGGUGGAGGAGAUGCUAUUAGUAUUGAAGGUUGGAUUACUUUGUUCACAUCCUGUUGCGGCAGUCAGGCCAAGCAUAUCUCAAGUUUUGUUGUACUUAAAGGGCUAUGCUCCAGUGCCUGAAAAUUUGGAUGCCCUUCUUUCGACGCAUGAGCUCGAUGCUAUUAUGCUGAACCAUUCUGUUUACGAAACAAAACAUUCUACGCCAUUGGUAACAGUCACUGAAGAGUUAACAGGGCGUUAA